UCUCUCCUCCCUCCCGCGGCAGCUCCGGCUCCGCUCGCCCGGCCCCGACUUCCUGCCGGGCGCUGGGAAGGAGCGCGCGGGCUGGGGUCCCCGGGGGCCGCGUCAGCAGCUGGCCGCGUCCCGGGCAGCCGAGGGGCUGGGCAGUGGGCGGGAGCGGCCGGCAGCCUCAGCGCCUGCGGAGAGCGACUUUCAAACUCGCGCCUGCGUCGCGGCCGCACCUGGCCAGCCUCGCGCGCGGAGCGUGCCGGACCCGGCGGGGCGGCGACCGCGCGAACCUCCCUGGAGUGCCCUCGCCAGGCAGCGAUGCCAGGAUGCCCGUCUCUGCCUCCCUCCGCCAGGAUGGCGGCCAGGAGCGGCCAGUGAGCCUGACCUCGACCACGUCCUCGUCGGGUUCCUCCCGUGACAGCCGCGGUGCCAUGGAGGAGCCCAGUGGCUCCGAGGCUUCCGCCAAGAACGGGGCGGGCUCCCCGGGUAGUAGGAGGCGUCCCCCCAACGGCAGCAGCAGCUCCAGCGGCUGGCUGAGCGUGAGGGGGCCGCUGUCCCCAUUCGGCGGCCGGGCCCCGGCAGCCCCGGCGCACAAGCUCAGCUACCUGGGCCGAGUGGUGCGGGAGAUCGUGGAGACGGAGCGGAUGUACGUGCAGGACCUGCGCAGCAUCGUGGAGAGUCAAGAGUUUGAUAUCUACACUCAGUAUUGCAACAACUACCCCAACUCAGUGGCCGCCCUGACCGAGUGCAUGCGGGAUAAGCAACAGGCCAAGUUCUUUCGGGACCGGCAGGAGCUACUACAGCACUCUCUGCCCUUGGGCUCCUACUUGCUGAAGCCUGUGCAGCGCAUCCUCAAGUACCACCUGCUGCUCCAGGAAAUUGCCAAACAUUUUGAUGAAGAAGAGGAUGGCUUCGAGGUGGUGGAAGAUGCCAUUGACACCAUGACCUGUGUGGCCUGGUACAUCAACGACAUGAAGAGGAGACACGAGCAUGCAGUCCGGCUCCAGGAGAUUCAGUCGCUGCUCAUCAACUGGAAGGGGCCGGACCUGACCAUCUACGGGGAGCUCGUCCUGGAGGGCACGUUCCGUGUGCACCGCGUGCGCAAUGAGAGGACCUUCUUCCUCUUUGACAAAGCGCUGCUCAUCACCAAGAAGCGAGGCGAUCACUUUGUCUACAAGGGCCAUAUCCCGGGCUCCUCCCUGAUGCUGAUCGAAAGCACCAGAGACUCCCUGUGCUUCACCGUUACCCACUACAAGCAUGGCAAGCAGCAGUACAGUAUUCAGGCCAAAACAGCGGAGGAGAAACGGAGCUGGACUCACCACAUCAAGAGGCUCAUCCUGGAGAACCACCACACCACUAUCCCCCAGAAGGCCAAGGAAGCCAUCUUGGAAAUGGACUCCUACUAUCCCAGUCGGUACCGCUGCAGCCCAGAGCGCCUGAAGAAGGCUUGGUCCUCCCAGGAUGAGGUGUCCAUGCAUGCGCGCCAGGGGCGCCGGCAGUCUGAGCCAACCAGACACCUGCUCAGGCAACUCAGUGAGAAAGCCAGAGCCGCAGAAAUGAAGGAGAAGGGGCACAGGGAGUCCGAAGGCCCCAAGAGCCGCAGAAGUUCCGGCGGCCGGUCUCCAACGAGCACCGAGAAGCGCAUGAGCUUCGAGUCCACCUCCUCUUCCCUGCCAGAGGUUGAACCAGACCCUGAACCUGAGAUGGAGCAGGAAGUAUUUGCUGCCAUGGAAGUUCCCAGCAUUGAGGAGGUGCCCUCAGACACAGAGUCUCCAGAAGUCCUGGAAGCACAGCUUGAUGCCCAUCAGGAGCUGCUGGGGCUGGACCCCCCGGGUGACAUGGUGGACUUCGUGGUGGCCGAGAGCACUGAGGACCUUAAGGCUCUGAGCAGUGAGGAGGAGGAGGAGGAGGAGGACAUGGGGGCCACCCAGGAGACCGAGAGCCUCCUGCCGCCCUCUGUGCUGGACCAGGCCAGCAUCAUCGCUGAGCGCUUCGUCAGCAGCUUCUCUCGGCGGAGCAGCCUGGCACUGGAGGAUGGCAAGGCCAGUGGCUUUGGGAGCCCGAGGCUGACGAGCCGGAGCAGCAGUGUGCUCAGCCUCGAGGGCAGCGAGAAGGGCCCGACCCGGCACGGCAGCACCACGGACACCCUCAGCUCACAGCCGCCCCCAGAGGUGGACAGCACUGUGGGAGUGGCUGCAGAGAGUGGCCCUUCGGUCAAUGGGACGGAGCCCCCGAGUUCAGGCUGCCCAGCAGAGCCCGACAGGUCUUCCUGCAAGAAGAAGGAGUCGACCCUCUCCACCCGAGAUCGGCUGUUGCUGGACAGAAUCAAGAGCUACUAUGAAAACGCAGAGCACCACGAUGCGGGCUUUAGCAUCCGGCGCCGGGAGAGCCUCUCCUAUAUCCCCAAGGGGCUGGUGAGAAACUCUGUUUCCAGAUUCAACAGCCUUCCCAGGCCGGACCCAGAGCCUCUGGCUCCGCUGGGGCACAAGAGGCAGGUGGGCUCCCGGCCGCCUUCGUGGGCUCUGUUUGACCUCCCAGGACCUGGCCAGGCAAGUGCUGGGGAGCCAGCUCCUAUCACAGAUGCUGAGUUCCGGCCAUCUUCAGAAAUUGUGAAGAUCUGGGAGGGAAUGGAGUCUCCCGGGGAGAGCUAUCUGCAGGGGCCCCGCCAAGGCCAGGCCAAUGGUUUUGACCUGCACGAGCCGCUCUUCAUCCUGGAGGAGCACGAGCUGGGGGCCAUCACUGAGGAGUCGGCCACUGCCUCCCCUGAGAGCGCCUCCCCCACGGAGCGGCCCAGCCCAGCCCACCUGGCCCGGGAGCUGAAGGAGCUGGUGAAGGAGCUGAGUAGUGGUGUCCAGGGGGAGCUGGUGACUCCGCUGCACCCCCGCAUCGUCCAACUCUCCCACGUGAUGGACGGCCACAUGAGCGAGCGAGUCAAGAACAAGGUCUACCAGCUGGCCCGCCAGUACAGCCUCCGGAUCAAGAGCAAAUCUGUGACAGCCAGGCCACCUCUACAGUGGGGAAAGGCAGCUCCCACUGUUCCCUGCCUGCAGGAGGAGGCCGGAGCGCCCUCAGGCGGCAAAGGCAAGAGAAAGCCGGCGCUGUCCCUCCUCAGCUCUGAGCAGACGGUGGCCCAGGAGCACAGCCCGCCCAAGCCCAGCUCUCCUCGGCAUUUCUCCUUCAGCCCCCCUGCUGCCAGCCCGAGGACCACCUCACCUGGGGUCCGACCCUCCUCUCGAAGCCCCCUCAGCCCCUUCGACACUGAGACCUUCAGCUGGCCUGAUGUCCGAGAGCUCUGCUCCAAGUACGCCUCCCAUGACGAGGCAUUGCAGGCUGAGGGCAUCCGGCCCCGCGGCCCGCCUGUCAGCCGCAGCCGCUCGGUGCCCGAGAACAUGCUGGAGCCCCCUCUGGCGGGCAGGGUGGGCCGCUGCUGCAGUGUGGGCGCCAGGAGGGGCCGGGCGGGCCCAGAGGUUGCUGAGCCCCAGCCUCCUGGCAGGGUGCCCCACGGCAGGCCGGUCGGAGAGGAGACCCUGUACGUCACCGCAGACCUCACCCUCGAUGACAACCGGCGGGUGAUUGUCAUGGAGAAGGGGCCCCUGCCCUGCCCCGCUGCGGGGCUGGAGGAACGCAAUGGGCAGGGACCCAGCUCACCAGCAGCCACGGUGGGACAGGGCCUGGAUUUCCAGGAGUCUGGAAUUUCCAGGAGUCCGGAGUGUUGGCCAAAGGAAGAGGGUCCCAGGGACCCAGCGGACCCAGGCCAGCCGGGCCGAGUGAGAAACCUGAGGGAGAAAUUCCAGGCCUUGAACUCCAUAGGUUGACUCUGAGUCCUGGGAGAGGGAGGAGCCGUGCGGCAAGGUGGGGACGCAGAGGAACCUUGGCGUGCUUGCCCACAAGCCUGGGCGCCCCCUGCUCACGUGAGCCCCUGAAAGAAUGCUCUGGUGUGCUCAGCAAUGCUGGGAGUGCCCCGGUGCUCCCCGGGGCUCAUGGCAAUCUUCAUCGGCCCAGCUGAGCCCUUGUCCCCACCGAGGCCAGUGUGCCACUUCCCUUAUAUAUAGUUCUUCCCUAGUAAGAAGCUGAAUAUUAAAGCUCUCCUCUUCCAGGGAGAGCAAGCCAUGCUCAGGCCUCUGGUGUUGGGCUGACCACCGCCAGGCUGAGGAGCCCACCCAGAGGAGACGUGGAAGUGGCGUGGAGAGGCUUUGCUCUUUAAUUGUGCCUUUUCUUAGGAUCCAGGCAGGAACAAGGCCCAUAAUUUAUUGCUUUCCAUUCUGUGGUAUCUUUGUAUGUGCACGUGUUUGUGAGUGUGUGUUCUUCUGUUGUUGAUUCCUCUCCCAUCAAGAAUGUAACGGACUCGGUUCAGGUACUUUUGUAGGUUGUCUUGCUGACCCUGUGGUUGUUGCUAAUGUAUAUACAUUUCAUUAUUUGCCAAUGGUGCAAUACCCGCUGCUCACCAAC